AAUAUGAUCGGCGCAGCAAAGAGCCGCAGUCCCAUGUUCGGGUCAGGGAUGCUCUCUGCGCAGCAGACAAAGGACGGAGCUCUGUGCUGUGGGUGGUAAUUAUCAGGGAGCUCAGAAGAGGAAGGAAACGGAAAGGCAGUAGCUUCAACCAAACUUACUGCCACAUCACACAAGCGGCUUCCUUGAAGCGCAGCAUGCAUUUGGAAGUUUUGGCGCUGCUGUUUUUCUUGGCGUGGAGUUGCCUUUGCGCCCCGCAGCAGCCGUGUCAUCCAGGAGACGAAUUUUUAGGAAGAUGCAGCAGGAGCAGCAGCCGCAGCGCACACGAUGAAAGACCAGCUACCUGCACAGAGCUGAACCUGGGCUACUGCAAUGAUCUGGGGUACUCAGCAACCAUAUUCCCCAACAUUCUUGGUCACCGGAGUCGUUUUGAGGCUGAGUCAGGAGCAGAGUACCUCCUCCUGAGUGUCAUCCAUGGUCUCCUCAAUGGUGAGUGCUCCCCCGAGAUCCGUCUGGUAGGAUGUUCUGUGCUGGCCUCGCCGUGUCGGGACAACAAGAUGAUCAAACCGUGCCGCAGCACAUGCGAAGCAUUGAGAAAAGACUGCAUGCACGCCUUUGAGGCCAUAGAGAUGGCCUGGCCCUACUUCCUGGAUUGUGAUCGCUUCUUUGCUGCAAAUGAGGAGGGGUGUUUUGACCCGCUAUCUGGACUGAAAGCCAGACAGGAGGUGACAUUGUCCAGUCUCUCUCCCGAAGAACCGAGCACCAUCAUCCAGUUCAUCUAUGCCUCUAACGCCCAGAUGUACAGCUUACUGAAGAGGACGGCAGCCAAGUGCUCCCACAUCUCUCAUGUCUACAGCAUCGGACGAAGCACCGAAGGCAGAGAUUUGUUGGUUAUCGAAUUCACUGACAACCCAGGACAUCAUGAGCUGCUGGAGCCAGAGAUUAAGUUGAUUGGCAACAUGCAUGGAAAUGAGGUGCUAGGACGUCAGCUGCUCAUCUACUUAGCGCAGUACCUGUGCUCGGAGUACACCCUGGGAAACCAACGAAUUCAGUCCAUCAUUAACAACACUCGCAUUCACAUUCUGGCCUCCAUGAACCCUGACGGUUACGAGGUGGCGGCCUCAGAGGUAGAGGAAAGCAAUGACCCGGAGCUCUCCAACCAGGAAGGUCAUUUGCUAAAUGGAUGGACGAGCGGACGGGCUAAUGCCCAGAACCUCGACCUGAACCGCAAUUUUCCCGAUCUCACCUCCAUCUUCUACCGGAACCGUCGCAGCAGGCACUACCGCAUAGAUCACAUCCCAAUCCCUGACUCCUACUGGUUUGGGAAGGUGGCACCAGAGACCUAUGCAGUAAUGAAGUGGAUCAGGUCACUGCCAUUUGUUCAGUCUGCCAGCCUCCAUGGAGGUGAGCUGGUGGUCUCCUACCCCUUCGACUUCUCUAGAGACUCGCAUGAGGAGAAGAUGUUUUCACCCACUCCAGAUGAACAGAUCUUCAAGCAGCUCGCUCGCACUUACGCGGACGCUCACGCCACCAUGUCAAACAAUGACACGGACCGGUGUGGGGCCUCUUUUUAUCGCAACAGAGGCAUCAUCAACGGCGCUCUGUGGUACAGUUUUGCUGGGGGUAUGUCUGAUUUCAAUUACUUACACACUAACUGUAUGGAGAUCACAGUGGAGCUUGGCUGUGACAAAUUCCCCUCAGAGGCUGAGCUCUACCCAGAAUGGAAAAGGAAUAAAGAAGCUCUGCUCAGUUUUCUUGAGUCUGUCCACAGGGGAGUCAAGGGUGUUGUGAGGGAUACAAAUGGAAACGGUAUAAAAGGUGCAACUGUCUCUGUCAGGGGGAUUAGAAAAGAUGUCACUACAGCUGAGGAUGGAGAUUACUGGAGGCUGGUGAAUCCAGGAACUCACAUCCUGACCGCUACUGCCAAAGGUUACUCAAAGGUCAGCAAGAGGGUUUAUCUGCCUCACAACUUGAACAAGGCUGGACAGGUCAACUUUGUCUUAGAGAAGCUUCCCGUGGAGCCAGACAUAGAUGACCACCUCUUCCCCAUGGCAGACAGCUGGGAUCGAUUUGACCCCUAUAACCAGUUCGAGCACCAUGGCGAGCCAGUUGUCACCGAGGAAGGAAUAGAGCGGCAGGAGAAGCCGUGGUGGUGGAACUACUUCUCCCAGUCUGGCAUGUCAUCUCCAAACUGGCUGCUGAAAAAUGUAUAGACAGAUGUUGGAAAUAUGAACAUCCAGAUGUGCUGACACAUAAGAAUGAAUGGACUUAUGUCCAGUCUCAUCUGUACUUCCAGGGGCAUCUAUGCACCAGGAGCUGUAACACUGAUGACAUCAGUCACCAAAAACUUCAUCAGUGCAUUUUCAGAAGAUUUGAAAUGACAUACUUAAGCUUUUUAGCAAAUAUUUUUCUGUAGCUGCAUUUAACUUGGGUUGAAAAAGUUAUAUUAAAUAGAAAGGAUAUGCAUAGUAGAGACACGAGUAGAAACAGGCACCUGAUAGGAUAGUAUUUUCAUUUCCAUUGAGCAGCAGAUUGAAAUAUUCCAGAUUUUAAAUUCAGGUUGGGCAAUAUUUCUAAUAUCAUAUCAGAAAUGCUAAAUUUUCUUCCGUUUUUGUCUGUUGUUCUGUAGCUAAAAGGCAACAGUGGCACAUUUAAAACCAUUUAAACCACUAUAAAGCUUCUGCACUACUUCUGCUUUUGAUAAAAGCAGUUCUGCGCCAUCACUGUGUGAACAGUAAAAUGGUUUGCUUUGAGUCUUGUUCCAGGUCAUAAAAAAGUAAAUAAAAGUCUAUACAUAUAAAAUUC